AUGUUGAUAUAUGAAAAUUAAACAGGAAGAAAAGAAUAGAUAAUGAAAAAGAGAUUUAGUAUUGUAAUAAAUAAAAUGAGUAUAAUAGGUGUUGAAAAAGAAGAUUAAUGAUGGGAUUAUGAAUAUGUAGAGUUUAAUAAAAUAAUGA